AUGGCUGUCAUCAUGACUUCGGGGAUGCUGUAUUAUGUUGCAGACCGCCGACAAACCCCCGUAGGAGCAAAACUUCGACCUUUUUAUGAGAUUCUUUCUCGUUGGAACGAAGCACCUGAAGUUCAUACAGAUCACAAAAAAGUUGACGAUGUAGACAAGUCCAAAGUAAUCACUGUCGGCGAGAUUCGAGUGGACGCAAUGAAAUUUCUUCUUCGAGCCAUUGUAUAUGCGCUUUUAUAUAUGCCAGCGUUCGCCACCAUGGACGGUUUCAUUCGUGCGUGUCAAGAGCCACCAGAAAUUUUCGCUUCUAUACCUUAUCUUCACAGACUCUUCAAGGAACAUGUUCCUUUCCGCUCGAUGUAUUACUAUAUUUGGGUUGGCAUAACACUUUCUAUGCAUAUUGCUAUCGUCCCUUUGGUUCAUCUUUUUCUGCAUGCUAUUCAACUCAAUGUUCUAGCCUGGAUCCCCAAUUUGAACUACAAGUUACUCAUCAAGUUGCACCACGACCUUGUUCAUUUUGUCGCGCAACCACCGAUUUUUAACAAACCCUGGCUAACUCGCAAUGUUCAUGAUUUGUGGUCAAAACGUUGGCAUCAAAUUUUUCGCCCAGGUUUUCAUCAGGUUGCGUAUAACCCAAUUCGAAAACUGUUCGGUCCAAGACACAGAACCCUUGGGCGCUUGUUCGGUAUUUUAGGUGUCUUUGCUUGCUCCGGUCUAAUGCAUGACUACAUUGUCCUUGCUAUGCUUGGAUAUAGUAAUUGGAACAAACCCGGCAUUCUCGGUUACCAAACAUUGUUUUUUAUGCUUCAAGCAAUCGCUACCAUUACGUCAAUAGCAAGUCCUCGUUUGCCAACUUGGAUCUCAAGAGUAUUAACGUUAGGUUGGAUCUUAUAUACAGCGCCCUUGUUUGUAGAGCCCUAUGUUCGGCUUGGCCUGCAUCAUAACGCUGAAGUACCUGGCUUCCCCAAAUUUAUGGAUACUCGUAUUGGCGGAAUCUGUCCCUACGGUCCGCGUGAAUUGAUUUCGCAGUAA